CUUUAUCAAUAAAUAUCUCUUUGUAUUUUCCUGUCGAUGUUCUUAAUUUACUUGUCAUCCGAAUUCCGUAUUUUGACAAACCCAAAAAAAGGAUACGUCAACGAUCAACAAAAUGUAAAAUAAGUAAGAAAUAUGUAAAGAAACAAUAACAUAGAACAGAAACUGUUGUACUCCACGAAUUAUAAGUAACAAUCAUUUUUAAUAGUAACUAGCAAGCAUGUUCCGACAAAUGACGCUCCUCCUGAGAUCAAACAAUGUCUCAUCGCAAACUAUAGCUAAAUACCAGAAUUAUGUAAUGUCCGAGGCUUUGGCGCAUCUCGAACGGGAAUGUGAGAAAUACUGUCCAGUUCCAAGAUUUCCACCUAAAAAAGUGACCGUUGUCGGCGCUGGUAGCGACGUCGGUUGUGUUGCCUCACUGUUCCUUAAACAGGAAAAGCUUAUAAAGACACUGGCUUUAUAUGAUGAUGACCCAAAUAACAAAGUACUUGGUAUGGCUACCGACGUGGCUCACAUAGACACCAGCACAGAGGUCGAAGCGUAUCAAGGAAGAGCCUACCUAAAGACAGCCCUAUGGGACGCGGAUGUAGUUCUCAUCUGCGGCGGUCAUUACGUGAUGCCGCCUUGUUGCAAUAUUGAAGACAGAGAUCUCUUUUUCGAGAACCUCCAGCAUGUGCGAACAGUGACCAUAGCCUGCGCUGAAUUUUGUCCCCACGCAAUAAUAGCUAUCCAGACUCCCCCUGUUGAUUGCAACUUUGCGCUAUGUAUACAUACUUUGCAACUAGCUAGAGUUUACGAUAAGCGGAAGGUUCUUGGUGUAAACGCUAUAAACUCUAUGAGAGCCAACCAGCUGUUCUGCUCCAUAACGGGAUCUGACCCAUCGACGAGGUCGACUCCCGUCAUCUGUGGAACCGGCCGAUGUACCAGAGUCCCUGUGUUCUCCGCUGGUAAUGCUAGCAAUUUCCCACAGACUCAGGUUGACUGUCUUACACGUCUCGUAAGAGAAGCUGACGACAUCAUCUGUAAAGUGAAGAGUAACAGUGAACAGGGUCAUCUUUCUAUCGGCUUCGCCACCGCUAGAUUUGUUGUCAAUAUAAUGAAAGGACUCUUCGAAAAACCAACGUUUAUCGACAGCGCACUAGUAGAACAAGCGCAUCCUGAAAAAUGUUACAACAUGACGAUUUGUGCGACGCCCGUGACUGUUGGUAAGAAUGGGAUCCAGGAUUAUGCGGUACCCAAUUUGAACGAAGCGGAGACAAGACUUCUAGAGGAUAGCAAAUGUGAUUUGGAAGACAUGUUGAAUCUUGGUCGCUGCCACGCCGUCGGUGAUGAAUACUUCGUCCAUCCAGCAAAAAUAUGUCCAGGCUGUUAUUGUACUCCCUGUAGAGUUUGCGAGCCUUGCAUGAGAAAAAAAACACAAACUUAAAUGUAACAUGCGUAACAAUUAAAAAUAUAUUAGUCAUUUUGUUUAUUAAAACUGAAAUUUAUGAGCAUUAUGAUGCUCGUAAAAACUUAAGUAUGAAUAAACUGAAAAAUUGUAUCCAUCUUCUGAAAA